UUUCAGAUGUAUAUCUGUGUGCGGUGCUCAUCUGCUCCGUGGGGUUGGUGUGUGUGUGCAUGUUCACCAUCGUUGUCUGCUGUCAGUUUCUACAGAGGAAGAGGAGACUAAAAGAGAACUAUCAUCUAGUCAAGAGUCCCCAGAACAGCUCUGGGGAGACGGUCACCAGUGUGGUCAGUCUGUCACCUGCUCUGCCUAAGAAGGAGAGAAAGUACAAGAACAGAAAAUUCACAGACCAGCAGGACACACCACCAGAGAUACCUGCCAAAGCUCCCAUCGGGGAGAAGAUGCGGAAACCCAAACUCAUAAAAGUUCCUCCCAGGAACCUACUCCUGCCUAAGAUAGUGGAGGAGUCCCUCACGUAUGCGGAGCUGGAGCUGGUGAAGCCGCCGCCACCGCCCGACGCCGCCGCCAGCUCACACACACACACACGCACACACACACACACAAACACACACACACACAGCUCCUCAGGCACCGUCUACGCACAGAUCCUAUUUGAGGACCAGCAUGUGUAAACAAACAGACAAACAGACAAACAAACAAACAAACAAACACUUUAGGCCACUACUCACAACAGUAUAUUUAUAAUCUAUUGUAUCAUUUGAUGUACAUUGUACUGGACUAAUGUUUCUAACAUGUAUUGUUAUAAUUGUUUUAGUUUUUUUUAUGUUCUAUUAAAUUGUACAGAUGUC